AUGCCCUCAAACCCGUUACCCGUACACCUCCCAGGCGAGUGCCGCAAGGCCCAAAAGAUCCUCGACUCGUUCGCGAACCCCGUCAACGGCCUCGACAACGUCGUCCCUGCCUCGGUCCUCCGCAAGGCCAAGGGCUUCUGCCUCCUCACGGUCGCCAAGGCCGGCUUCCUCUUCAGCGGCCGCGCCGGCACGGGCGUCGUCAUCGCCCGUCUCGACGACGGCACCUGGUCGGCCCCGUCAGCGGUCGGCACUGCCGGCGCCGGCUUUGGCCUCCAGGUCGGCGUCGAACUCGCAGAGUUCCUCAUCAUCCUCAACUCGCGCGCCGCCGUCAAGAGCUUCAUGUCCGCCGGCAGCCUCACCCUCGGCGGCAACAUGUCGAUCGCCGCCGGCCCGCUCGGCCGCAACCUCGAGGGCACGGGCGCCCUGUCGGCCAAAGGCGGCGUCGCCGCCAUGUACUCGUACUCGCGGUCCAAGGGCCUGUUCGGUGGCGCGUCUGUCGAAGGGUCCAUCAUUGUCGAGCGCUCGGACGCCAACGCCAAGGCGUACGGCCAAAACGUCACCGCCAAGCAGCUCCUCGCCGGCGCCAUCGAGCCCCCGAGCUGGGCCCUCCCGCUCAUCGAGACCAUCUCGCGCCUCGCGACGCCGGCCCGCUCGCUCCCCGGCGGCGGCUGGUCGACCGACUCGCCCCUCGAGUCGCCCCGCGCGCCCUCGACCCCGGGCGACAUUGCCGCCGACGAGGAGGGCUACUUCUCGCGCGCGAGGGCCCAGCGCCGCAUCGAGGAGCAGCACGAGCAGGGCCUGACGCCGCGCGAGUACAAGGAGCGCGGGUACGCGUUCGGGAGCGCGUACGCCCAGGGCUCGUCGGCGUCGCCCUCGGCGGCCUCGAGCGGGUUCGCCGGCACCGGCGCCGGCGGGUACUCGAGCCCGGGCGCGACGGGCUCGCCGGUCAAGGACAAGGGCGGCCGGUUCGGCGCCAUGCUCGGCAGCGUCGGGCGCAGCAGGAGCGGCAGCGGCAGCGCGAGCGCCCUCGGUGCGUCGUCGGCGUCGAUGAGCAAGAAGAGCUCGCUCGGCGCGGGAGCGGGCACCUCGAGGUCGACGUCGGCGGCCCUCGACGACCCGUUCGCCGAGGGCGUCGCCGCCGGACCCGCGCCGCCGAGCGGCACCCGGUUCGAGACGCACUUUGCCGACGAGUUCGACUUUGACUCGGCGGCGGCGUCGGCCUCGCGCUCGGGCGGCCCGUCGCCCCAGGCGCAGACGCCGGCGACGACCGGCUCGGGCAAGCGCUCGCCGUUCGGGUUCGGCACGCUCGCGCGCGACAAGAACAAAGACAAGGGCGGCGACCGCGCCCACGACCAGGACCUCAUGGCGUUCGACGGCGACGACGGCGACGACCACGGCGAGCGCGACGAGUACCCGUCGUCGAGUCGGCCGGCCACCUCGUCCCGCAAGGACGGCCCGAUCUCGUCGCCCGACAAAGGUCGCUCCCGCGCCAGCUCGUCGGCCUCGAACGGCAACAACGGCGGCUCGUCGUCGUGGUUCUCCAAGUCGGCCUCGUCGUCGUCGUCGCGCCCCAAGUUGACCAAGAACCGCUCGUCGUCGAACGCGGCGGCGACGUCGGCCCUGCGCGAGCGCGCGAGCGCCAUGCGGUGGGACGCCCAGCCGGGCGAUCACGGCGGCGAGCCCGGCGCGUGGCGCGAGUUCGAGUCGGACCGCGGGCGAGGGCGCGACAGCUUUGACCUCCUCGACGACGACGACCGCGACCGCGACGGCAUCGACGACUUUGGGCACCGCUCGUCGUCGCCGCCGUACGUUCACGGCAUCGCGGCGAGGGACCGCGCGGCGACGCUCGCCGGCGGCGACACGCGCCGCGCACCGCCCGCCUCGGCGCUCGCAGCUGCAGGGGCCGGCCGAGCCCGCGCCGCGAGCUCAGCGACGCAGGGCCUCGGUGCGUCGGCGUACGUGCUCAAGCCGUGGGACGCGCCGAGUUCGGGUGCGGCGGCAGGGCGUGCGCGGUCGGGCACGGGCGGCAGCGGCGGGCUCGACCUGCGGCCGGUCGAGGCCGACUUUGAGCGCGUCCUGAGCUUGUCGAAGCAUGGAGGGGACGGAGAGGUCGGCGCAGCGUCGGGCAUUGGUGCGCCGAGCCCGGCGGGAGGGCGGAGCCGCAGUGGGACGGGUGGUGGGCUCGGGACGGCCGUCGCGCUGUUUGACUUUCCCGGCGUCGAGUCGACUGACCUCCCGUUCAAGAAGGGCGACGCCAUCACGAUCCUCGCCAUGGACGACGAGGAGUGGUGGAAGGGCCGCCUGCGCCUGCGCGAGGGCAUGAUCCCGCGCAACUACGUCGAGGCGCACUUUGCGUGACGGGCUCGGUGCGGCGGAACAGGGCAGGCGCAGGAGGACGAGGAGGGCUGGGGUUUGGGAGGGCCGCGAGGGCGGUCGAGAGGACCCUACCGGCGAGGUGAACGGGCUAGAUGAGGCAGAUGGCGAGCGAGAAAGGCGACGAGGUUAUGACCCACAUGUAGCGCGACCAUCGAGAAAGACCGAAUGAUCAAAAGCAGUACCCCGUCUCGGCCACUCGAGCGGCUUGACUUCA